UGUAAAAAUUUUUUUACUACUUUUUCCGUGUCCCAUUCAUCCCCUCCUGCAGUUGACACUCUGUUUACCCUUUUGAGUUUCAUAUUUUCAUACUCUCUCUCUCUUUCCCCCUCUGAGAUUCCAUCUUUUCAUAUUCACUCUCUCCUCUCUCUCUCUCUCUCUCUCUCUCUCUCUCUCUCUCUCUCUCUGUCAUCAUGGCUGAAACCUUCGUCUCUCAUCCAUACAACCCUCCUGAUCUUCAGUUGCCUGAUUACGUGCCCUGUCUUCUCCCUCAAUCCACCAUCGUCGGAGUUUAUGGCGUAGCCACACUGCUUGUAGUCUUUACCAUUUGGAUCUUCUCAGGGCGCUGUUCCAAGAUCACAAAAACUGAUCGGAUUCUCAUGUGUUGGUGGGCAUUUACUGGCUUAACCCAUAUUGUUAUUGAGGGAUACUUUGUUUUCGCGCCAGAGUUUUACAAGAAGAAAUCACCCUGCUACUUUGCAGAAGUUUGGAAAGAAUACAGCAAAGGCGAUUCAAGGUAUGUCGCGAGGGAUUCGGCAGUUGUCACAGUGGAAGGGAUAACUUCUGUGAUAGAGGGUCCAGCCAGCCUUCUUGCAGUAUAUGCUAUAGCAUCAAAAAAGCCAUACAGUUAUACUCUUCAACUUGCAGUCUCUCUGGGGCAGUUGUACGGGGACCUGGUCUAUUUCAUCACGGCGUACUUGGAAGGCGAUAAUUUCUCAGCGAGUCCUUAUUAUUUCUGGUUAUACUAUGUGGGCGCAAAUUGCUCUUGGGUUGUUAUACCCACCCUCAUAGCAAUCAGGUCCUGGGGAAAGAUAAGUGAAGCUUUCAUCCGGCAAAAGAGUAAAAAAUAUUGAGAUCAGUUCGGAAGUUUGUGAAGAUUUUGCCCUGCAAAAGAGCAAAAAACACUGAUAAGUUAGGAUUUUUUCUAGUUUUCCCCAAAUGGGCAGUUCAGGCGUUUUAUUUUGUACUAUAUUUUUUAUGAUUGCUAUGAAUUGUUUUUGAGAGGCUAA